AUGGCGGCAGGCCACAUCCUCCAGACAGCCGGGCUGGCAUUCUUGGCCGAGGUGGGCGAUGCAAGCUUCUUCGUGGCCGUGAUCCUGGCGAUCUUCUGCCCCUGGCGUGGUGUGAGAUCGGGCAAGGGGCUCUGCGUCGAGUAUGCCCUGGUCAUCCUGGGUAGCGUUUCCGCGCUUUUGCUCCGUGUUCUCCUACGGAGACAUGAGCUCCACGUAGCCGCUGUGACAGGGGAGCUGGUACCUCCCUUGCUCGCCGCAUCGGGCCUUGCCGUGCUCUCCGCGCUGGCAUUUUGGCACUGGGGGGCAGCUCGAGGUGAUCCAGAGCCUGCGAUAGGUGACAGGCCUGGUGCCCGACCGGCUUAUGGGGGCUCCUUCCUUGGCAGCUUCCAGGCCUACAACCCGGCCGCCUACGCCAAGUCAGAAAGUUUGCUCGAGCAGCAGCCCCUUUUGGCAGGUCGCAUGCCGGACCGGUCCCAUUUGACAGCGAAGGUCCCUUUCAUUGCGAGCAUGCUGCUGGCCUUCUUCGUGCCGUUCUGCGUGAUCUUUGUCCUGGAGACUGGCAGCCAAGGUAUUGAGCUGGAAGUGGUCCGGCAGGGCUCCAGUCUCUGGGCCCUCUGCGGCAUCGUAGCAGCCACAGUGAUCGCAGUCUUCACCGGGUUCGCCUUGGAGAGACACGUGGACGAUCAGGUGUUGUUGCUGCUAUGCGCUCUGGGUCUGGCAGCGCUGUGUAUCAGCUCCAUGCAGAUGGCGGCACUCCGGUAUCUGGCUGCAGCCCGACACAUCACUUUGGAGUUGUUCAUCUGGUUAUUGCGUUUCAGUUUUCGUGAAGAUGGCAAAAAGGAUGGAGAUAAAGGAACAACUACUACCGCCGCCGAUGAGCCUACGACGACCACAACGACCACAACACUGAGACCAGCAGGGCCGAUUACAUGCCCGGCGGAUUUCCAGAGGGCACAUUGCUCGAAGUGCUACUGGACCGGUGGCCCGGAUGGCGAGACGGAAUGCCAGGACUGCUCGUCCCCGUACACUCUGGAGGACAAGGCCUGCCAGCUCAGCUGCUCCUCCCUGCCUGCACCGGAUCCAAAACCGGGCAUGCCCGACAACGCCCUGAAAUACAACGGCAUCAGCUGGCCGACGGUUUGCUUCGACGACGCGGAGGCCCACUUCUUCACCAUUGGUGACUGGGGAGGCAUGUGCGAGGGGCAUUGUGGAACGGUGGUUCCUAUGCCCAACCGCCACGGUGCGCCGCUCCAGGACCCAAUCGAUUACAGUGCGCAGAACCGCGUCGCGAGCCAAAUGAAGGUGAAGGCCCAGGAGCUGCAGCAGAAGGGCACGCCGCCCAGGUUCGUGCUCAACGUAGGUGACAACUUCUAUCCUGGUGGCAUCAACGCGCACUGCGACAGCGUAAACACCCCAGAGGAUUCCUUCUUGGCCUUUCAGUUCAAGAAGGUCUUCGAGGAGAUGUACCCCGUGCAGGACCUGGGCAACAUGGAAUGGUGGAGCGUCCUCGGCAACCACGACUAUGGUGGUGUCUGCUACAUCAAGGGCUGGGACCAGCAGAUCUUCUACACCUUCAAGGAUGGUGGACGCUGGGUCAUGCCAGCUCCGUAUUGGCACAGGCGUGUGCAGUUCAAGACGUUCGAUGCGGACAUCUGGUUCUUGGACACGAAUGUCCUCGACACGCAGAACCCGGCUGACAAUCCAGACCACAACCUUUGUGCCAACAGGGGGAACUCGGACAAAUUCCAAUUCUGCGAGAAGGGCAGGUUUCCUCCAAAAGAGGGCAGCGACGCGAGCAGCUGCACAGCCACGGGGCCGAGCAACCCCUCGGAUUGCGUCGGCUGGUUCGACAAGCUAUGGGGCGAUCAGAAGAAGUGGUUCACCGAUGCUGUGAAAAAAUCGGAUGCAAGCUGGCAGAUUGUGGUGCUGCACCAUCCGCCAAGCUACACGCCGGGCCGUGGUGCCGAUGCCAUGAGUUGGCAGGCCAUUUCCCGCGAAGCGGGGAUCGACCUCAUCAUCAGCGGCCAUAAGCACGAGCAGAAGGUUUUCUACAAAUCGGAACACGGAGGUGCUGAUCUGGAGGACACGGCCUGGGUGAUCACUGGUGGCGGUGGUGGUGUGACGGCAGAACCUAUGCCGAAUACCGAAGGCAAUGACGAUGCCUAUGGCUUCAUGGACAUGGUCAUCUCCCUCGAGAAGAUCGAGAUCACCGCCAUCUCCCAUGGCGGACUGCUCCUUCGUGGUGUCGGCCUCUCCUUCCUGCAGGCCUUCCAGGGAAAGCUCUUGGGCCCCCGACGAAGCGAUCGUGGUCGUUGCUCGCACACUGCGUGCUGGCAGCAGGAUCUUAGAUCGACGCUGGAGUCAGUGGAGAUCCAGGACAUCGCUAACUCUCGCGCCGACAAGUAUCAGCUCCUGUCCCAGCGAGAGCAUGUUCUACACCGGCCGGACAUGUACAUCGGUCCGGUCGAGCCCCGCGAGGAGACCGCUUGGGUCUUGAACGCCAGCAACAAGAUCGUGGAGGAGAGCCUGCUGAUUUCGCCUGGUUGGAUCUUGAGCCAGACUUCGAGCUUGAUGCGCUCACUAGAUGAGACCAGUAAGACCAUUAACUGGACACACACUUUGGAUCCAGAUCCUGGGGAUGGUGUCAGCACCUUCCUGACAGACCACGGCCCGCGUUCUUCGAAGUUCCCGGAAGCUAUUGGUGUUUUGCUUUUCCCUGUCCGCAUGGCGCCGCCGGCUGCGUCGGAUGGGAGUGCGGCAAAGAAGGCGCGGACGGGCGCUCGCUUCGACACCCUGGCGGUGCACGCCGGGGACCAGCAUGAUCCAGGCCAUGGGGCCGUGAUCCCGCCGAUCACCACUGCUACGAGCUUCGUGCAGCCCAACCUGGGUCAGGAGGGGAAGUUUGCGUACUCUCGCUGCGGCAAUCCGACAAGGAGUGCGUAUGAGUCCGCGCUGGCGGACCUGGAGGCCGGUACCUGGGCCACAGCCACGGCUUCAGGCAUGGCGGCCACGGCCCUGGCUCUGGAGCUCCUGGAGCCUGGAGCUCACGUCCUGGUCAUGAGGGGCGUCUACGGCGGCACUUUUCGUCUGUUCGAAACGGUGCGAAGCCGGACGAUGAAUUUGCAGUUUACGUAUCUGGAUCUCAAUGACCUGGAGGACGUGCGGCAGCAGAUGCGCAAAGAGACAGGCAUGAUCUGGAUUGAAAGCCCCACGAAUCCGCUGCUCAAGCUGGUGGAUAUCCCCAAGCUGGUCGAAGCCGUGAAGGACAAGGCCGCCAAAGACGGCACCCCACCUCCUCUGAUUUGCGCAGACAACACCUUUGCUACGGCCUGGAAUCAGCAGCCGCUCGAGCUGGGCGUGGACUUGGUGAUGCUUUCGGCCAGCAAGUACAUCGGCGGCCAUUCCGACAUGACUGGCGGCGCGCUGGUCACCAAAGACCCAGGCCUCGCUCAGAGGCUCGCUUCUUUGGCCAAAGCUGUCGGCGGCAUAGCCAGCCCCUUCGAGGCCUAUCUUGCUCUGCGCGGGAUGAAGACCCUUGCAGUGAGGAUGGAGAGGCAAUGCUGCAAUGCUCAGCGAGUAGCGGAGUUUCUCGACGGCCAUCCCUGCGUUGCCGAGGUGCAUUAUCCUGGCCUUCCGCGGCACGCGCAGCACGAGCUGUGCAAGAGGCAGAUGCGCUCCGGGGGCGCAGUUGUCACUGUCCGCUUCAAAGGUCGGCCCGGAGAGGAGGAUCUGGACAUGAUGCGAAGGUUCUUCAGCAAGAUCAAGUUCUGGAUCCUGGCCGAGUCCCUUGGAGGGGUAGAGAGCAUGAUCAAUCACAGCGCGACUAUGUCGCAUGGCUCCAUGACCAAGGAGCAGCGAGCUUCUGUCGGCAUCUACGACACGACGCUACGCCUUAGCGUUGGCGUGGAGGACUGCGACGACCUGAUCGAAGAUUUGGAUCACGCCCUGAAAGCUUAG